AUUCAUCAAAAAUUAGAUUCACAAUUGAUUUGAAAGACUACACUCGAGUCGAGUGUAUUUAUUUUGAUUUGCUAUUUGAAUGGAGUGUUUUCCAUUCCGGUAUCCUCAAUCCUCUAAUAAGAUGAAAGAUAAAUAAAACUCCAAGUUGAUAAAAUUGUCAUGCUGACGAACAUUUCUCAAUCCAUUCAUCAUUCAAUAAUAGAUUGAAAUCUAGAAAUCAAUUUAUGGGGUUGAUAGUCUUGACUGGUCUCAAAUUGCUUACGACAUGGACAUUUCUUGAAGGUCUAGCCAUAUCUUAUCUGUGACGGUUAUCUUCAAGUAUUGGUCUCUCCACUAGCAUGGUAAAGUGAAUGUUGAACGUUACUAAGAAAUAGAAAUGACGCAAAAAUUAGAUUUUCCGAUUGAUUAUUGUCCAAUAAGUUAAGGUAAAGCCUUUGGGUUGGUAUCCAAAACACUGGAGUUUGAGCAAUGAAUGGCGAACAGAUAAACUGAAGGGAGUAAAAGAUGAAGACCAUGAUGAUCAUGCUGAUGAUAGUGAUGAUGAAGAAGCAAAGGGUGACACACAGUAAGUGAGUAAAGAAGAGAAAGUUGGAGUUGAAUGCAACAAAUUAUUUCUACUAAACAGUAAAAGUUGGGUUUACGUUGAUAUCACAUGUUUUCAGUCUCGUAUUAUUUAUCGAGAUAACGCCAUCUUCAGGCCUAUUUUUCAUCUCCUUUUCUACCUCAACUCCCACUCUUUCUACCCCUUUCUAUCUCUUUCUGCUCUCUUUUUGUGUUGUUUAGUCUAACAAAAAUAUUGUUAAUUUAUAUCUAUUCUUAUUACCAUUUAUUGAUCAAUGAUUAUCAUCACUCAGUUUGAUUCAACUGUGAGUUGUUAUAACAAGACCAACGGUUAAUCACAACACAUUAACAACUGGUUUGCGACUUGUUUUUGUCAACCAUUAAACAGCAUCUACACCAACAAUUGAGGCUAUUUUUUGUACAGUUUUUACACCUAAAUCGUUUAAACAGUUUCAUUUAUUUUCUGUUUCAACUGCAACAUGAUUAUUACAAUCAAUCUAAUAUAUAUUGUUCAACCAAAUAUGCAGACUUAAAUGGCUUCAAAUUAUCAAUUGUUAAUAAUCAUUAAUCAAAUAUUACCUUCAUCAACAUUACCGUUACUAUUAUCAUCAUCACCAUUGUGAACCACAAUAACAAUAACUACCAGUUGAACCGAGCCAAAAUAACCUAUUCAUAUUUUAACUCCUUUAAUUAACUUAUUAUUUUAAUAUCAUCUGUUCAUUAUAAACCCAUUGUUCCUGUAUAUUCAGUGUUUAUGUUGUUAAUCAAAUUAUCAAUAUUUUACUUGUGUUAACAAUCAAAUCAUCAAUUUUCAAAUCCACUUUUCAAUCCAAUACAUCAACUGUGAACAGCAAUAGUGUCCAUCAAAAAACAAAACAACUUGUAAUCAAUGGGCAAGAAGAAUAGCAAAUUAAGUAAUGAUGCUGUUUACAAGCUUACCAAAGAAACUUAUUUCACGGAUAAGGAAAUAAGAGAAUGGUACAAAGGAUUCAGAAAGGAUUGUCCAAAUGGCCAUUUAACUGAACAGGGAUUUUUUCGUAUUUACAAACAAUUCUUUCCUCAUGGAGAUCCAUCGAGAUUUGCAUCACUCGUUUUCAGGGUUUUUGAUGAGAACAAGGAUGGAUCAAUUGAAUUUGAAGAGUUUAUCAAAGCACUUUCUGUGACAUCUCGUGGUAAUCUUGAAGAGAAACUAGUCUGGGCUUUUAAACUGUAUGAUGUUGAUAAUGAUGGUUUUAUUACUCGAGAGGAAAUGUAUAAUAUAGUUGAUGCCAUUUAUGCCAUGCUUGGGAAUAAGCUAAAGGAUAAGCUGGAAACAGACGAGGAGACAGAAGGUGAAGAAGGUGAAGACGGAGGAGAAGGAGGGAAAGCAAAAGAAGCAAAAGAAGCAAAAGAGGGAAAAGAAAAGAAAGAGAAAGAGAAGAAAGAGAAGAAAGAAAAGAAAGAAAAGAAAGAAGGAAAAGAAGGAGUAAAAGGGGUAGAAGGAGCAGAAGGGGCAGAAGAACCAGAAGAGCCAGAAGAACCAGAAGAAACUCCAAAGGAAAGAGUUGACCGUAUAUUUGAACAACUAGAUAAGAACCAUGACAACAAGCUCACCUUGGAGGAAUUUAAGGAAGGAUCCAAACAAGAUCCUAAAAUUGUUCAAGCUCUUUCCCUGUAUGCACCUUGAGAAGCAAUCCAAACUUAAGCCAAAAGACUUGACAUAUUCAAAGGGAAGCAACCGAAGGAAGGAGAUGAAAAAUGAAAAAUGGUGAUAAUGAUGACUCUGGUGAUGAUAAUGAUGAUUAUGGUGAUGACUUUAUUAUGAUAAUAUCAUGAAGGAUUAGGAUAAAACUAAAUACCAACAUGAUAGACGAUGGAGUGAAAAAAAUGUGUAAUAUGGAGACAAAAAAUGUACUUUUACUUUUGUACCAGUCAUAAAAUGGAGGGAAACUCUUAUACUGUUUGGGGAUUUUAAUAUAUUAGCAAUGGAAACAAGAUAAUCCAUGUUUACCCAGUCAAUAAAAGGAUAAUUUGGAUUAAAUUGAAAAGCUGUUGAUCAAAAUUAAUACUCUGUCUCUGCUGACCAAUUGAAAUGAUCACCAUUAACCAUCAAGAUCAUCAUCAUUGUCAUCGUUGAUAUCGUUAUUAUUUUUGCUGUUUUGUUGGUUAUUAUAAUAUUAAUUUUAAACAUUGUUAUCGUUUCUCAAAUCACACCUGAAACAUUAUACACAAUAUUGGAACACGUUGAGAUUUACACUGAUUACAUAAAUUAUUACAAUUAUGUGUAUAUGAAUAAAAAUUACAUAUAAAAAACAGACACCAAAUUCACCCGAAA